CAACGCCCACGUGUUUAAUCGUCAUUAUGGUGGGAAGCCAAAUGUAAUUUUGAUGGAGCAGCAGCUUCAAUGUGAGGGCAGAGGUGGAGACUAGGGAUGAUCAAAUGUGGUCAUCGGGAUCACUGGUGAAGAAGAAAGACGAGAGGCAGCUAAUCUCAUCUAGUGAAUAUGGAGAAAUUUCAUCGGUUGGUAUUGAGAUACCAACGGAUUUGUCGUCUUACAACAUCCAGUCCAUUACCAUGGUGUCAUCUGCAAUUUUCCUGCCUGUUGUUUUAUCCUCAGACAUGGUUUUCUAUGUGCAAACCGGUUCUGGGAGCUUGAGUUACACUAGUAAUGAAGGCCGACUGCAGACUAGGAAAUUGAAACAAGGCGAUGUUUUCGGACUCAAUCCCGGAGAUGUUUUCUUUAUCCAGUCAUGCCUCUGCACUGAUAAGCUUCAGAUUCAUGCCAUCUUCGGUGAUUUAGAGGAAGGCUUCCGCCAACCAGCAGCAAGUGGACCAUACUCUAGUUUCCGCAAUAUGCUUCUAAGGUUUAAUAAGAAGAUUCUGCAAGAGACUUUUAAGGUCUCUCCAGGGGUGAUAGAUGAAUUGUUUAAUGCACCGAAUCCACCCGCCUUUGUUCCCGCGGUGAGCAAAACAUGGGAAUUGGAAGCUAAUUUCAUUCGGUGGUUCUCCGAAGGCUUUUUAGGUGACUCCGCCGCCCUCUUCAACAUACUUACUGUAUAUAGAGAUUCCGAGAAUCGCAACGGAUGGAUCACAACUUCCAACAAGAAAAAACGCCCGGUUGAAUAUCUGAAAGGUUUGCUGAGCCCAAAGAAAUUCGGUGUUUUCAUGGCUAAUCUGAGUAGUGGAUCGAUGGUGGCACCGCAUUGGAAUCCAAUGGCUACAGAGAUUGCAAUUGUAUUACAGGGAAAAGGGAUGGUCCGAGUAGUCUGUUCUAGCUUGAACAAUUUUGCUUACGAAAAGUCCCGGCGGUGCGAAGAUACGAGGUUUCAGGUGGAAGAAGGCGAUGUGUUUGUGGUGCCAAGGUUACACCCAACAGCUCAAAUGUCUUUCGGUGAUGAUACAUUUGUAUUUAUGGGAUUUAGUACGGAGACGAAAAUGAAGAAAAGUGGGAAUCAUGAAUUUCUAGUUGGGAAAGUUUCCAUUUUCAGGGCAUUAGGCAGAAGUGUGUUGGCAGCAUCUCUGGGAGUGAAUGAGACGAUGAUUAACGAGAUUUUGCGUUCUCAGUUGGGGGAAUCUGCUGUGUUGGGUUGUAAUCUGUGCGCGGAGGAAGAGUUGAGGAUCAUGGAGGAAGAAAUGGAGAAAGCGGAGCAAGAAGAAACAGGGGCAGGAGAAGGGGAGGAAGAGCCAGGGAAAGAAGAAGUAACGCCUGGUGAAGAAGGAUCAGGGAACACUGGACCAGAUGAAUCACUAUGGGCGGAGGAUUGAAAAUUGAGGUUUUAGGGCUGUUUUCGCCCAAAGAAGGAGA